CCCUCCAUUGGCAGCGCCCGGCAUUAUUUGAGUAUUUUGAGCCAGAUCUGCCACUAUCUCAUGCCAACGAACCGGUGUCGAUCUUCGAGCUAGCCUCCGACAAUCCUGGACAACCGACACCGAUCUCCCUCGAGCGUCUCGAGCGUUUCGAGCACGCGGUCGCUGAACUGAGUGUUUCUUCCUCAACAUGAAGCUUCACUAAGGCCUCUCAUCUGCCAUCCCCGACUGCAUCACCCUUCAAUGCGCUUUUCUACUCUCACGACGAGUCUCUCCGCUCACGACCCGCAUCCCGCCUCCUCCGCCCCUCCUGUCUGACCUCACCGACCCCUCUCACAAUGGCGACGAAUUUCUCGACUUCAGAAGCCCUGACCACGCUAUGUAAGUCAAUACCGGAUUGGAACGCCCGUCUCGAUGAACUCAAUGGGCAAAUUGCCAACCGGCAGAUUGAGCUCGCUCGAUUGACAGAAAAGGAACGCCCACCAGCCCGAUCACUGAAAAACAAAGGCUCGACCGAGUCCCUGCGACCAAAAGAUGGCAAUGAGAACCCUUUUGGCUCCAAUGAUGGAGAGAAUGGAGUUGAUAUCCAGAUGAAUCCUUUCGAUACGCCAAAGUCGCACGAAAAUAGCUCUGCAGGCCUUCGACCAAGCUCCUCUGCGGCUGCCCGACAAGCUGCACUGGGAUCCCCGCCUCCCCCCAAAGCCAGUUCAAAUCCACGACCAUCUCCUGGCGCAGGGUUGGCGCGACAGUCCUCUCAGCCAACACCUCCGACACAGUCCCGACCCUCCGCUGCCGUUAUACGAAAACGGAAGACCGAAUCUCUUGCCUCGGCAGAGUCAUUAGUACCGAAAUACAGAACUAGAUCAAUGAUUAUUGUAUAUUACGACAGUGCGGUACAAACAGCCUUUGAGGAUCUGGUGAAAUUUGUGAGUGGGAGCCGGAAUGCGAUGCGGAAAGGAAAAAUGGCAGCGAAAAUGGCGGAGAUGCGCAGAGCAGCCGAGCUGGAGGUGGAUGCCGAUGAUGACGACGACGACGAUGGAGGAUUAGAUGCGAUGUUGAAGAAUAAUAGGUCUCUUUUAGCGACACAAAAACACGUCCCCAUCAACAAACCAUGUCAAAGUGGUCCAGGAGGCAUCGCUGCCGCGGACUCAGAUGGCGGAGAUGAACUCGCAUUGCCGAAGCUGAAAUACGUAUCGACGAGGCAGAUGGGUCCAUUGAGGGAUUUCCCACAUAGGACAGACCUGUCGGGGGGGCCGUUGAGCGUUGGCUUGUUGAAAGGAUACAGGAGGGCCGGAAUGGACAGCAAGCCAGACAUUUUCGACGAAUUGGACAAAGGAUUGGAAUGGUGCCAAGGGCAAUGCGAGCAUGCAGCCCACCAGUUCUUACGAGAUGGAGACUGCAGCACCGAGAUCGCUAACAUCAAACGAAGACUAGAGGAAGUGAAAACAUCAGCCGAGAAAGAGGUGGAAAAGCUUAACACAGCAGAAGCUGCGAAUCCAACCGCAACACUGGGAUCUGCUCGGCUAGAGGAGGAAUGCAGGGGACGUGUUCUCAAAGCACCGUUAAUGAGAAAGGAAUUGAGCAUGGGAGCGAUGAAGGAUCUCGAAGUCGACGAUAAUAUGGAAGUCGACGACUCGGAAGGCGAAAUGGAAAGCCCACCAAAACUGGUCUUCAAAAGAUCAAGAGAUGUCGGUUUCUAAGUCGACAUAUACCGGACAAACUAUCCGAACCCUGCUUUUUUAUACCCACAUUCUGCGAAUUGAGCUAGUAGCGAGCGAUCGAGCGAUUUGGAAACGCGCAUGGAAUUACGGAAUAUGAUGCAUCGUCUCUGGCGUCCGUGAUUUCUUGGAAUCUAUCAAGAAUAUCUUUUUUAUGUUGGAUAGGGCAUAGCGGGGG